AAGCUCCGCACUGCCUCAGACGUUCUAAAUCGCCUUCGAUAUGACAGCCGUUAUAAAAUCGAUGAGUUCGUGGUUGGGUAUAAGGAUCGCCAUACCUUACGGAUUAUGGAGAAACCGGCGGCGGAAUGGGCCAAGGACACAACGGAUGAGGAGUUCAUUCCUGAACAUAGGAUAGAAUAUUUCAAGCAGUACAGUCCCGGGGGCAAUCAAGAAAUCCUGUGGGACAAAAGCUCGAGGUUAGAUAGGAUUUUCCAGCACGGUGGUAAUCGGCGGGAUUGA